CGCUCAGUGUAUCAUCAUAGAAGAAGCCGUUCACGCAUUCGAGCUCUUCAGAAGAGUUAAACAAAAAUAUAUCUCAGUAUACCAAUUAUUCGUAUUAUUUAACGGAUAUACUUUUGACAACAGCUGAUCAGGAUGGCAUCAGACUGGAUUGGCUGUCUUGUUUCAAUCCACUGUGGACCAACUCUUGGAGUUUAUCAAGGAGAAGUAUCUUCAGUAGAUCAGACCAGCCAGACCAUCUCUCUCAGACAUCCCUUCCACAAUGGAGUCAAGUGCACUGUGCCUGAGGUCACCUUCAGUGCCAUGGACAUUAAAGAUCUCAAAAUCCUGGAGUUCCGUAAGAGCGGCGCUGAAAUCCCUAAGCAGAACGGUCCAGACUCCAACUCCACGUUGACGCCGCAUGGCGGACGCAAGGAUAAGGGCGGUGGCGCCCCGGUUAAUAGCGCUCCUGUUACGGUACCCAAUAAAACUGAAUCAAAAACGCAGGAAGGAGGAGUGUCUCCAGUGCCGCACUACUCAAAGAGUUACGGUGAACGUCACAUGGACAUGUCUGUCCAAAGUAAAGGCUUUAGGCGAAGACACAACUCCUGGUCGUCUAGUUGCAGAGGUCCAAAUCAGGCCACACCGAAAAAGAAUGGGCUGAAAAACGGAGGUCAUAUGAAGAACAAAGACGAUGAAUGUUUUGGAGACGGUAUGGACGAUGUUCUCGAUGAAGACUUUGAUUUUGAGGGAAACCUGGCGCUGUUCGACAAGGCUGCGGUAUUCUCGCAGAUCGAUUCGUCAGAACGGCGAGGCAAUGGUGCGAGAUCUCGAGGAACGCCUGGAGAGCAAACGCCAUCACGAUACCGGCAUGAUGAGAACAUUCUAGAGGCCAAACCCGUCGUUUACAGACAGAUCACAGUUCCACAGAAUGGAACGAAAGAAUAUAGCACUGACUCAGGGCUGGUGGUACCCAGCAUCUCUUUCGAGUUGCACAAGCGUUUAUUAGCUGCGGCAGAAAGUCACGGUCUCUCUCUGGAGCGCAGGCUUGAGAUGACGGGAGUAUGUGCAAGUCAGAUGGCCCUCACGCUACUUGGAGGGCCGAACAGACUUACCCCAAAGAAUGUACAUCAGCGGCCCACGGUGGCUCUGCUGUGUGGACCACAUGUCCAGGGCGCUCAGGGCAUCAGCUGUGGCCGUCACUUGGCCAACCAUGAAGUGGAGGUCAUCCUUUUCCUGCCAAACUUUGUCAAGAUGUUGGAGGCCAUCACCAGCGAGCUUGCACUUUUUGGGAAGACGGGAGGCAAACUGGUUUCUAAUGUGAAAGACUUGCCCGAGACGCCAGUCGACCUGGUCAUAAACUGCCUGGAUUCGCACGAAAACGGAUUCUUGAGGGAGCAGCCCUGGUACAAGGCCGCCGCCGACUGGGCCAACCAAAACCGAGCCCCGGUACUAAGCAUCGACCCUCCAGUAAGUGGACAGGCACAUGCCGUGGAAGCAAAAUGGUCACUUUCUCUGGGCCUCCCGCUCCCUCUGUCGGAGGGCGCCGGCCGAGUCUAUCUAUGUGACAUCGGCAUUCCCCGACAGGUGUUCCAGGAAGUGGGAAUCAAAUACCACUCCCCAUUCGGAUGUAAAUUCGUCAUCCCGCUGCACUCCGAAUAAGCCGUCGACUGAACAGUCAAGGCUCACUGAACCUGCCUUAAAGAUUUUAAGAAUGAACGAACCUCGGUUUGAAUGUUGCAGCAGAACUGGAACCUCUCAGUCUCUAUUUUUUUCUCAAGUUAUUGUAUACUUCUCUGAUGAUUCCCAUUAAAGGGAAGUGAUGGGAAAUGAUACCAGCUAUUGUGACAAACCUGAUAUGUUAAAAGCAGUAUACUCAUCAUCUUACAGUUAUCUUUCACAGUUGUUUUAAUACACAAAGCUGAUCUUUUUGGAUGAAACACCUUUUCAUAACACAUUAAAUGUGCAGUUAUGCCAUGCGACUUUAUUGGUCUUAUGGCAUUUUUGGAUCUUACUUUGUUACUUUCAGCAGCUUAAAAUCGUCGGAUAUGCUGACCUAGUAAUAUUUUCCAUAGAAGUAUGUGCAUUCGAUGGGGGUUUUGCUUCCCCCUCCUCCUUUUUUUUUCUUUUUGUGCCAGGUUGAUCAAAGUCAGUGUUGAGGCACUGAGAUUAAGGCAGUUUAUCACCUGCAAAAUUUCUUAUAAAGCGUUGUUUGCUUUGUCGACCAAGCCCAGUGUGCUGUAAACGUGACAGAUUGACUGGGUUCUUAUCAGUGAUAAACUGCACACUUGAAUGCUAAGAUAAGUGUACUAAAAAAUACUGAUAUAGGUUGGCCCAAUACUGACUAUUUUAAGCAGUCAUUGGCCACUACCAUCAAUUUUCUUAUGCUGAUAAUCAUUUACCUCAUUUCCAUUUGUUUCUCAAAAACAAGCAGCGUAUGAAAUCCUGUUUUAAACAGGUUCAAAACAUCUUUUAUUAGGAAGGAUGCUUCACGUGUUGCAAUAAAGCUGCUUGUUGAUAUCAAUUAGUGAUUUUAUUAAAAGUUGUAUUAUUAUGCGCACAAACCAUUACAAAGCAAAACGUCUGUGCGCUGCACACUCAGUACUUUUGGGUAAUGAGUUUUUCAAAAGCACUGAAGAAAUAUUUGUUUGAAUCUGCAGAUGUAUGCCUUCACCAAAAUGAGAGGCACUCGCAAAUACUCCAUAUGCAACAAUAAUGAAAACAGCAGGAAAUAAUGUACUGCUUUCAUCAGACUAAUUUACUUUUUUACUAAAUGUUUUCGUUUAAGCUUUAUUGUGACGUCUUCUAGGAAAUAUUUCUUUUUUUUUUCCUCCCAAAUUUAGAUUUUUUUCUACUGCUUUUAUCUUUAAGGUUUAAGCGCUUCUUUUUCCCUUUGCUUUUUAAAGUUUUGGUUAAGCUAUGUACAAUCUAGGGGUGACCUUGCUGAAGUUAACCGCCCCAGAUGUCUAAUUUUUUUUUUCUUGUCACAAGUGUUUAGAUAAACUAGAAACAAAAAGACCUUACACAUCACCUAUUUUCAGUCAUAGAGAAAAAAAUGUGAAUUUUUGGCUUUUUUUCGUUUUUUUUUCUACUGUUGAUGUUUGUGUCUGUAAGGUCAAUGGUGCAGCCUCUGAUUGCUGUUGGAGAGCUUUUGAAUUGGCUUCUGAGCUUAAAAACAAAGACUAAACGAGAGGCAGUUAUUAAAGGCAUUAUUAAGUUAAUGAUUCUAAUGAGUUGCACUGGCACAGAAUAGCAAAGGUCCAUCGUAAAGUGGAUGAAUACACAUGUAUGUCUAAUAAUACAGCAGUUACUAAGCAAAUCCAGCAGUAAAAAGCUUAAAAAUGGUGCCAAAAUCACUUGCUGGUUUUUACGACUUGUUACUUGAGAUAUUACUGCUGUGUAAUUGUUUUGUAUUUGGAUGGCAAAAUAACAAAUUGGCUCGAACUGAUAGCUGCAGAGCCCAGUUGUAAUAUUCAGUUGAAUAUUGUUUGAUACCCAAGCACUGCAUGUGCUUGGAUGUUAAAAUUCAGUUUGAUAAAAAUCAUUCCUCUGUGGGAGUUGUUUGUAAAAUCUGACCAAACUCUGUUGAGCAAUUAAAAAAAACAAAUUGUGAAAACGUUUUGUUGUUAUCUGGUGACGUUCAUCUGGUGGCUCCCCCACGAUGAUGUCAUCAAAUGCGUUUGCAGAUCUGAAGGUUUGAGGGGUUUUUGUUCAGUAUCAAGUUGAAAGCUACUUUUUGGUUUCUUUCCACAGGUUUCCAUUCUUACGCCUUUUUUUCUUUACAAAAAGGUUGUUGGCAUUGCGUAAUUUUAUCAUUUAUAUCUGCACCUGUUUGUAUAAGGCAAAAUUCAGUACUGGUUUAGACAACAUCAUUACCUUAAUUGUGAAUUAGAGACAUAUCUGUUCGGCAUAGUUCUGAUAUCACUGGAAACCUCACGUGCUUAACAUUGUCAACCUGUAAGGACUGAAUAAAUAAAAAGAAUGGAAAUAUGACUUUA